AUGUCAUUCUCAGAGGUGGAUGUCAAGUUUGCGCAGCCAAAGAAAUACGUCGGUUUCGACACCAUAACAACCCAGAUUGAGAACCGGUUGCUCAAGAGAGGAUUCCAAUUCAACGUUAUGGUCGUGGGAAGAUCGGGGCUCGGUAAAAGCACGUUGAUAAACACAUUGUUUUCCUCGAAGCUCGCCGACUCGCAGGGCCGGAAACUGCCAUUUGAACCCAUUGAAAAAACCACUGAAAUCAAAGUUACUCAUCAUUCCUUGGUGGAAAACAAUGUGCGUUUGAACAUUAAUGUGAUUGAUACCCCAGGUUUCGGCGACCAGAUCAACAAUGAGAAAUGCUGGGACCCCUUGGUCAAGUACGUUAAGGAGCAGCAUUCUCAGUAUUUGAGAAAAGAAUUGACGGCUCAAAGAGAAAGAUAUUUACCCGAUACAAGAGUGCACUGCAUCUUGUAUUUCAUACCUCCCAAUGGCCAAAAAUUGAGACAAUUGGAUAUCCAAGCGUUGAAGAAAUUGGGCGAUAUUGCCAAUGUAGUUCCCGUGAUUGCCAAGUCCGAUAGCUUGACUUUAGAUGAACGCAAUGACUUUAAAAAGCUCCUUCAAUCGGAAUUCAUGAGACACGGGUUCAACAUUUACCCAUAUGACUCGGAGGAUCUUUACGAAGAAGAGAGGCAAUUGAAUGAAGACAUCAAGUCGUUGAUCCCCUUUGCCGUGGCUGGUAGCGAGAUGGAGAUUGAGGCAGGCGGGAAAAAAGUGCUCGGUAGAAAGACCAAGUGGGGGGCCAUAGACAUUGAAGACGUGACCCAGUGCGAAUUUGUCUUUUUAAGAGAUUUCUUGACGAGAACCCAUUUGCAAGAUUUGAUCGAGACCACCAAUUUAACCCACUAUGAAACUUUCAGAUCCAAGCAAUUGAUUGCGUUGAAAGAAAAUGCUAGUAAUAACAACAACAGCGGAAGCAACAGACCAUCCCACACGCAAGCACUGAACACCGCGUUUGCCAACAACGCCGGUGGUAAUUCAACGACUGCAAAUGCAGCCGCCGCCGCCGCUGCUGCAACUACAAAUGCCCAUUAA